AGUGACUUGAUACUCUUUCGUUUGAGAUGUCCGGUAGUGUUUCACCAACGGUGGAGCUGAUCCCCUCGCAAUCGCAUACUCCAGUACCUUCGAAUCGAACUGUGCAACCAAUUGUGUUGACGCUUCGUGAAAUGCCUCUGGAUCUCAGUGUUUUACCUGCGGGAAUUAUUGAUAAGCUUACGCAACAGCACUCCAUAUUUUUGGGGUUUAUCAAGCUGCAACCACAAUUACAGGAGUAUAACUCUGAUACAAUGGCCUUCUUAGACUCUCAGAUCCACACCAUCAACCAAGUGAUCGAAUUGGUAGAAGAGUAUACUCAAACAAGUGAACGUAUCAAUGAGUUGAUUAAGACCAUUAAAAAUGUCUAUACAGAAUUCACCGAUUUAGAGAUGAUCCAGUACAAAUUAUUGGCGGAAAACUUCAACCAAGAUAGCUUGAAAGCAAAGUUCCGGAAGGUCAUAGCGGCUGAGGAUCAAGAGUCCAAAGCAUUUAUAAAAGAGUACACCAACCAAGAUACUCAAGUCAAUUCUAGCAGGCUAGACGAAAUGCUUGAAAGCUUUAAAAAGAGUAGAAAGAAGUAUCACCUACGAAGCGAAAAAAUGAACCGCUGGAACGAGGAACGGGUGACAGGUUUUAUUUAACAUUGCAUAUUCAAGAAUAAACACUAAACUGCCUCCAGUAUAUAGACUUUUCAUUGGCUGAAUCGCUUUUUAUAACAAUAUUGAGUGUCUGAGACCCUUACCCCAAGAAUACUCCACUAAAAUAACUGCAUAUUACCUGGAAAUGUUGCAAUGGAGAAGAGUCACCCGGUAAUUCGAACAAAGUCAAACAGUUAAAAGUCCUGAAUCCCAGUUUAGAGAGGCGCGACACACUUCGGGUUUCAGUGCACCCCGCAAGGUGUUAAGCCUAAAUGUUCUUACCUGCGCAGCCAAUGCUAGAGCGAAUAUAAGCCGGCGACUGCUUCGGUUUCCAAAUCGAUCUCCAAUAUUUUUCCCAAUAACUGGACAAAACCUGCCCCACUAUUCUGCAUCAAGUUUCGGACCUAGCUCAAUGUAACUGUCCGUUCUACUCUAUAGCUCUAUCGUUUGGCAUGGUCAGGCUACUCGAUUACGAAAAUGCAAAGGAAGCCGCAACAGAUAGGUAAAGAAACCCUAGGCGGAAGAACUGUUGUACUAGAAAGAACUGGUCAUACGAUAUAUGAAAACCUUGUGGAACCUAUCCGAGGUUUCCAUUACUCUAAUAUAUCCGUUUCAGCUUCUACCAGGUCGGACCAAAAAAACACCUCAACUGCUUCAGCAGUUCCCACC